GCUAUAACCAACCAAAAAACAAUCUUCAUCAUCAUCACAAAAAUAGAAAAAAUUUAAACCCCAAAAUCAAGUUUUUUUUUUUUUUUUUAAAAAGGUGAAUUAAGAUGACAGGUUCUGGUUCUCCUUGUGGUGCUUGCAAGUUCUUGAGGAGAAAAUGUGUGAGAGGUUGUGUUUUUGCACCUUACUUCUGCCAUGAACAAGGUGCUACCCAUUUUGCAGCCAUUCACAAAGUGUUUGGUGCAAGCAAUGUCUCAAAGCUCCUUGCCCAUCUUCCGGUCGGCGACCGCUGCGAAGCGGCCGUCACGAUUUCGUAUGAAGCUCAGGCAAGGCUUCAAGAUCCUAUCUAUGGCUGUGUCUCCCAUAUCUUUGCCCUUCAGCAACAGGUGGUGAAUUUACAAGCACAGCUAGCAUAUCUUAAGGAACAAGCAGCACAACAAAGUUGUGUGAAUGGUGGAAACCCUAAUCAUGAGAGAUACUUUGAUAAACCUAAUAUUGCUGAUAACAACAACAAUAAUUUCAUUACUCCUCAAGAUCUUCAAAGUUGGUUGUUCAAUAUGGAAAAUUCUUCAUCUUCAAACUUGGGUGGCCUUGAAUCUCUUCAUCCAAAUUUGUGCAACAACAAUGAUUCUUCUUAUUAUGGUAGUGAUGGAAACAACAACAAUAACAACAACAAUGUUAAUAAUUCCAUGAUGAUGAUGAUGGAUCUAAAGCCAAUUAAUAAUGAUGGGAGUUACUAUGAAAAUUCAAACUCAUUCUCUAGCUUUGAAGAGAGUUCUUCAAACUCCAUGUCUUAUGACAUGGAAACAAAUGGUGGGACAAAAUGGUCUUUUCAUGAAGUUGAUGAUCUUCAUUCAGUGGCCUUUGGUUACAGAAGAUAAAUGAAUAUAUUGGUGAAGAUCUUCAAGACUUUAUCAUCAUAUCAAUUUUGAUGAAUAUUGCUUAUUAUUAUUUUGAAGCAUGCACUACUACUCUGUUGCCAUAAAUAAUCUAGGAACUAAUUAAGGUUAGAAAUGUUGAUAUUUAUUUGAAAAAAAAAAGGAAAAAUUAUUGAAAUAUAUAUAUAUGGAGCAACACCCUUGGUAGUGUUUCUGCUUUAAUUAAGUGUAGUCCUUGGUUAAUUAAGUUGUAGAAUGAUAGUGUAAUUCUGAUCAUCAUGAUGAUGAUAUACAUAACUAGAAACUCUGGUUCUUAGUUAUUGUAUUAGAUUUUAAUUUGAAUUGGUUUGUUUUA